AUGCGCGGCAGCCUGGAGGGCCUGCGCAUGCACCAGGCGCGGCUGGAGGUUGUCUGUCGGCAGGCGCAGGAAAAUGAGACCAAGUUGAAGAAGCAGCUGGAAGACCUUUUAGUUGAGGCCGAGAAGGCCAAGCCCAAGCGAGAGGACAUCGAGCGCUUGUUCUACUCUGAUCAAGGCUGGGGAACAUGGGAGCAGGAUUUCCGACGUGUGUGGACCGCAAAUGCCAAGUCUGCGUCAAGCCUGCAGGGCAUACAGCCUGCACGGCCACUGCAGGUCUCUCUGCUUCUGCCUAGCCUCCAGAAAAGCGGGGCCUGCUUGUGCAGCGAGUCACCCUUGGCCGUGUUUGUGCCUGAUUUCGCCAGUGCGGAGGAGUGUGCCAAGCUCAUCGAACUGGGCUUCCGAACCUGCAGGCGUCACAACGAGGACGCACAGGAGAUGCAGCGCACGGGCGAGGCCUCUGGGGAGGGCAUCCGCGGCGUCGCCACCGCCUCCCUAGAGGUGAGCCAGCUUUCUGGCGAGGACCACGAGCUAAUGUCAGAGAUGCAACAGCGCGUUGCAAACCUCACCGGCAUCCCGAUCCAUGAGCCGGAGAUCAAUCCAUUCCUCAAAUUUGAUCUCCCUGCACCCUCCGGAACAGAUGUACAUGCACAAGGGGAUGACCUGAGCAUCGGCUUGCAUUUGGACGUGAAUGGUGGCUUUCCCCACUGUGCCUGUUCCGUCAUUCUCUACUUGAACGAGGUGGAGAAAGGUGGCCGAACUGUUUUUCCUUGUGCGGCGCCAUGUGCGUGUGAGGAAGACAAUGAGGAAGUGGCGCGCUGCCUGGGUUUGGGGGAAGUGUUGGCAGGUGCAGGCCACACGCACACCAGCCAUUCUGGUGUUGCAGAGACACUGGGCGAGGAGGCUGCUGAGCUGGUGCGGCGAGCGAGUGGAAGCCUUGCCGGGCUGAGGGUGGCGCCGCAGCGAGGAGCAGCCCUCUGCUUCUUCACGUUGCGCACGGAGGGCGACCGUUUCAUGCCGGAUCCGGCUUCCUGGCACGGCGGUGCUGCCGUUGCAGGCCGCGUUGGGAAAUGGACCUUGCAAAUCUUCAAGGAGGUGCCCAUCUCGCACCGCUGUGGUGGACCUGCUGAGGAGGAUGGAUCCUUGCAGGCAAAAUACAUCGAAUCGCUGCGGCAGCGCCUUUUGCAAGCUGCUGAGAGCCGCGGAUACUCCUACGUACUAAGGACUUGGUCCCUUGAGUCCAGCGUGUGCAUCGCGUGUUUGAGCCCGGCCCUUGUUCAGGCUGCAGAGGCAAGCCGGCAAGUGCCGUGUCAGCCGGAUGACUGGUCCUGGACAGGCGAGAACUUCGAGAAGCCAGAUGAUUGGGAGCAGAGCAAAGAUCAUCAAAGAUCCGUAAGGACAGACGGGGACGAGACUUUGAUUGGACCUGACGGAGCCGUCUACGAUGUUUUUUAUCCAGGAACCUCUUGUCCCGAUGAGAAGGAGGAGACCUCUACCACCUGCAGUGACUCGGGAGGCAGCCCGGGCCCGAUGCCCCGAGCGCGCUCUGCGGAAUCGAGUAUCACAGGCAUCGUGGACUUCAUUCGAAGUGCGGCCAUCGCGCGCUAUCCUGCCAGAGCGAAGCUCUUUGAUGUAGUUCACAGAGCUUCGCAAGUGGCGCUUGGGAACCACUUCCAGAGGCUGGCGCUUAUUGGCAGCACCGCGCUGCGAAUUGAUACGCCUGACUCUGACUUGGAUGUGGUAGUCUACACCUGCAGCAGCUACGGCGAAGACGGCAUGGAACACCCAGCUCCCGAUCCCAUCGAGGCCCUCCGCCAAGUGACGGAGGCCCUGGCGCUCGAAGACCCGGCACUGAAACUGCAGCUCGUGGAUUGCGCGCGCGUCCCCGUCCUCACGGUCCUGUCGGCAGAUGGGCGCCUCUCCUUGGACCUUACAAUUGAUCAGCCGCUGGGCGAGUGGCAUGUGCUGUGGUUCAAGAGCCUUUGGCACUGGGACCCCUAUGCAGCCGCCGCGGACCCCGUCGAGAAGCUCCCUUUGCCCCUGCAGGGUGAGACUGAUGAAUGGAGUAGCGGCCUGGAGGCAACGGCGCUGCGGUGCAUCAAGUGGUGGCUGCGGCGCCGGAAUAUCCCUGUGCCGAAGGAAGGCGGGUAUCCCACAGUUGUCUGGACACUGAUGGUGCUGCAUGUGCUUCGAUGCACCCUGUUUGUGAACGAAGAGUCCAAGCAGGAGAGAUCUGGCCGAGCCUUGCUGAGCGCGCUGGCAGCUUUCUUUGACCGCUUUGCUACGCCUGGCGCAAGCUCUGGGACCCUGUCCUUCUGCAUGGGGCCUGAUGGCAUGAGCACAGCUUUUGAGCCUCUCCCAGCCUACGAGGAUGCAUAUCAAUACGCAUCCGAUGAGGCUUAUGGUGGACUGUCCGUUCUUGACCCGACCACCACGUGCGAGACGUCCGUGGCUUUUGGGGUCAUGCCCAGCGAGCUGGCGCCGCAGUUGCCGGCAGCAACGCGCCUCCUGCAAGCCUACGAGCUCCAGCGUGCCCAGCGCCUCUCUGCAUCGGCUCUCGCCUCUGGCGAGGACACUCCGGAGCUCGGAGCCGAAGCGCUGGAGGAGCUUUUUAUGGAGACUUCCACACCAUGCAACACGAUGCCAGCGGCCGCUCCCUCGCAGCCUGUUGCAGUGAUCGUUCUUCGAGAUGGUGAGCUGGCAGUCGGCAUCCUCCAGAAGGUGGUGCCCAAGCAUGGCUGGACGGCCCCAUUCCUGCAUCGGCGGGACGGCGUCAGCUCCUUCGCCCUGCAGCUUUGCGAGGUUCGAUGGAGCGAUGGCCUGCUUACACCUUGGGAGUCGACGUCCACAGAGCACUGGUACCACGCUUGUGACUUUGUUUGCUUGGCCAUCCUGCAGCCAGUGUUCACUCGAGGGCAAUGUCGCGGCAAGCACCUACGCCGAGAGCGAAACCGAUGGAAAGUGGACCCAGAAGGCCUGGAACGAUGGCAGAAAAUGCAGGCCCUGCUUUCACAGGUGGGCUUGCAUCAGAUGCAUCAUUGA